CACAACCCGCAGCCAAGCAGUCGCAUUGAUAAGCUGCCAGACUGUACAUCCGGUGAGUCAUGGAGUUGAUGCUGGCUGGAAGGUUAGCAACGCCAUGCAGAUGGUAUGAACCCGGCAUCCGACUUGAUGCCAGGAGCUCUUCUUGGGGCUCCCCAGGUUUGCGCCAGCUACCUCUGCCCCUGGCGGGGUGUGCCCUCCUUGCCGGGGGGCACUUCAGAGGCCGUCGGAGUGGCACCCGCAGAGCAGCUUUUGGGUAUUUUCCUGGAGGGAACGGAGAAACCGAAUGUCGCUCCAGACUGCAAUUCGCUCAAUACAGACAGCGCUUUGCACAUGUUCCAAGGUUCUGCAGACCGGCUCACAAAUUUGUUCCUACAGCUCCCUCUUCGAAACGGUGUACUCUUGUCUGGGGUUUUGACAAGAGAUCCACCCAAGGUACAUAUGUUGCCAGCUCCUGCAGAUUUCCCGAUGGCCAUUGUGCCGCAGGCUGACGGUGCGUGCAUACCGUUCACAAAGAAGGAGCCUUCGAAUAAGCUGAGGCGCUUGGCUCCUGGGCCGCUGCGACCGAAAUCGUCGUCCGGGAGGGCCUUGCAGAUAUCAAUGCAUCGAUCGCCCAAGGAGUUUGAGCUUCUGUGCAAGUACGAACACAUGCGAGCUUCAAUCAGUCGCUCAUCACCGCCCGAAGAGCAGGCCGAGGUGCUUUUGCUUGACAUCUAUAUGCGGUUCCAUCGCCAGACUGAAGCUCCUCCCAGGCCUUGUGCAGAAAGCGAAGAUGACUAUGAUGUGUACAUCAGGUCGUACGGGGAUGUCUCAAUGAAGGCCUUGCACCGUACCUGCAGCCCGGACUUGUGCAUGAUUGCAGAGGCCCACGUGCUGGGCUUGGCCGGAACGGCAGGCUUCCCAAGGCUCAAACAGAAAGAUGCGAAAUCCGUCUACUCCGGCGCGAUGCGUUUUGGCUACGCAGUGCGCCAAGCCGAGAUUCGGUACGAGGCAGAUGGAUCUGCUUGCACCUUCGUCCCGCUGCCAGUCGAAGCGGAGAUGUAUCGGAAGGAGCUCGAGAGUCUGUGGCUGCAGCCCGCCGUGGCAGGCGAAACGCGGAGCAGCGAGGAUGAGUUGGAAGAGGCAUCAGAACCAUCGGACAGUGCUGCAGCACACCAAAGCCUGCAGGAGGUGUUUCGCAGAUUGAGAAGAAUGGGCGAGACAAGACCUGGACUGGCGACGUAUCUUGGCUGGCUAGGGAAAUUUGAUCCUGAGGCGCUGUCCAUACUGUCAACGCCAUCACAAGCUGUUGCUUGGGCUAUGCGACUGCAGGCUGACGCUGUUUGGGGUGAAAGUCAGGCGGAGGAUGCAACUGUUACCUCUACUCCCGCAGACAUGCUGGAGGCAAUCGUGCUCGGAGCCUGGCUUCAUGAUGUGGAGGCUGAGGCGAAUGAAGCCUGUUCGAGGCUUGAAUCUGAUGAGGAAGGCCAGACCUCCGCAUGACGGGCGACCAUGCUGCAGACGUCUGGGAAGAAGCAGGUGAAAGCUAUGUGGCCUGAAGCUUGCUAGAAGCUUCAAAUCCCGUUCCGCCACGUUCCAUGCUUCACAACAAGCGCGUUCAGCCAUUUUCCCAGGAGGGCUGUUACAACUAGGUUGCACA